AGGAAACUUCAAAUCCCUGAAAAUGAAUAGUAACUGCGAAAAAUUUGAUAUCGAACAAUUGACGUUUGACCUUUCAUCAUCUCCCGCUGAUGCUGAAUUCGAUUUGUUAGAAUCUGAGAAUGAAGAAAACCAACAACAAGCAUCUCUGUUCCUGUAUUUUUCUGCGAUGAUAGUUUGUAUGGUCAGCUCAGUGAAAGUGGGCCUAUAUGUGGUUUGGAUAGCACCUUUAGCAGAAAAUCUACUCUCAGAUGAUCCGAACGUGAAUCCGUUAGAAGCACCGAUUACGACAACACAGCUCUCCACCAUUGGUGCGAUAUUGACCCUCAGUUUAGUCAUUGGAUCAUUGGUGCUUGGAAAAAUAUCUGAUAUAUUCGGAAGAAAGAAGGCAAUGAUAGUGUUGAGUGUGCCGACCAUAUUGUUAGAAAUGUUUCUUGCUUUCGCCACAAAUAUCUACAUGAUAUACAUCCCUCUAAUACUGAUGGGUUUCUGUCUAGGAGGAACUCAGGUAGCUGGUAGGAUAUACUUGGCAGAGAUAGGCGAAGAUCAUCACAAAACACAACUUGUGUGUUUUGGUGUGCUUGGAACACCAUUGGGAAACGUCUGCAGCUUUCUCAUCAGUUCAUUCAUACCUUCAUACAAAAUAUUCAAUUUAGUAUGUAGCAUUCUAUUGAUGAUAUCUCUAGGUUGCUUGAUCAUAUUCCUACCAGAAACACCAGUAUUUCUUAUCUCCAAAAAUAAAGAAAAAGAAGCUUUCAGAACACUCAAGAUGUUGAGGAAUAAAAACAACAAUGGUGUACACAAAGAACUCAGAUCUAUCUCGCAUGUUCUCCUAAGAACUUCUCAGAUGAAGAAAAUGGAUUUAACCUCAAUGUUCUCGAACAGAGCUAUACGUACAGCUCUCAUUAUAACUUUAGGUGUGCACUUAAUAGCAUUCACAGAUGGAGCUUCAGUUAUAAUGUGUUUUCUAGUUCUAAUAUUCGAAAGGGCUGGCACUACUGUUCCAAAUUAUGUUUCUAUCAAUUUAAUGAGCAUUUUACAAUUAUUUUUUUGUGCAAUUGCGACUAAAACAUCAGGAAGAUAUGGGAGGAGAACGCUGUUACUUAUAUUCACUUUGGGCAACGCGCUCUCUCUAUUCUCAAUUGGUGUUUUCUUCUUCUUGAAGAGUAUAGGUUCAUCAUUCAUUACAUAUAUAUCUUGGUGGCCCAUUUUUGGUCUCAUUUUAUUUUAUAUGUCGAAUGCACUGGGACUUGCAUCCAUAAGUUGGGUUAUUGCCAGCGAAGUGUUUCCUACUAACGUUAUCUCUAUGACUAUGUCUCUAUUGGCAUGCUUCGACGGUUUGGUUGUAUCCCUAAUGAUAUUUUUGUUUCCAAUAAUCAUGGAAUAUUAUGGAAUGCAUUGGAAUUUCUUUCUUUAUAGUGUGAUAUGUUUGCUAGGAUACGCUUUUAUAUAUUUCAAACUACCUGAGACCAAAGAUAAAAGUCUGUUACAAAUUCAAGCAAUACUCGAAAGAUAGAUAGGUAAGUCGACUCGAUGAGAAAAGAAAAUGUGAGAGACAUUGACUCUCAUUAUAUAUUGUGAUAUGUUUGCUAGGAUACCUCUUCAUAUUUAUCAUAGUACUAAAGGUAAUAGUCUGUUACAAAUUUAGGCAAUAUUUGAAAGUAAGAUGUAAUUCGGUUCAAAGAAAAACGGAAGUGUGAGUAUUCUUUAACACGUUGACUGCCGGGCUCAUAUACACACUGUUGGUAUCAGAGCCGAAGCAGAAUCAAAAAUUUUGUCCCAGAAACCAUGAUUGACUCUAUGUAGCUGAAGCCUACAGAAGAUAGUAUAUCGUUGAAAUUCUUGAAAAUUGGGACACUGGAUCCAAAAAAUUGAAGAAAUUUGGCUCGGUCUUAUAGACCGAGUCGGCGCUCGUUUAUACAUGUAUACCCGUGUACGCCGCGUCGGUCCGCCAGCUCGGUCCGUCCGGGUUCGGCCUCGGUCUAGUGCUGUGUCUGAUGAGGACAAUAUACAAUAUAAACUUGUCACUGAAGCCGUCUUGGUCGCUCUCCGCGAUAUUAUUAACAAUAAUUCAGACCGACGGCUUCACGGGCGGUUCAAUUGACUCGGUCCUAUAGGCCGAGCCGGCCUGGUGUAUCAACUCCAAUCUUGGUCUAUGAGACCGAGGCGGCACGUCAGGAUAUUUCUUUCUCGGUCUAAUAGACCGACAUGGCAGUCAACGUGUUAAGGAUUCAAUUAUUCAUAUCACUCUUCAACUCAUUCUCAGUGCUACCUUAGAAAUUGACAGGUUGAUCCAUCAGAAAACAAGAACACGAACACGAGCAAUCCACCGCUCAUGAUGUUGGCCUAUCUGUCUAAGCUGGUGAAGACAGGGGUGACUCUCUAAGUUACAUUCGAAAUUAGAAAAAUAAACAUUACUCCUUCAGAUCACGACACAACAGGAGUGAGAGGUGAAUACAAAUCGAUUAUUCAAAAGUAGACUCCCUGUAUCCGAUGAUGGACUUGUGGAAUUUCCUACCUGUACUUGGCUAUUUCUUGAAUCGGAGGUUUCGUCAUUAUUGAUGACGUGAUUGGUCUCCCAGCUCGGGUAAGAUGACAAAGCUCAUUUUGAGACGAAUUCAUGAAUACACUCCUGCAGAUGAUGUUAUAAUGUGUUCUUUAUGAAUCAGCGUCGAUCACAAUAUCAUGAGAAGAGCUGCCAUAUGGGCACAAAUCGUAAUCACCUCAAUUUCUGACGAACAUGAAAUAUUGGAAAUGCAUGGUGAGCGCCCUCAUUCCGCUUUCAUUGCACAGUGGAAUGGCAGUAGACUGUUGCGCAGGUGGUUCUGGUUCAAGCUAAAGCUCCACUGUUUUCAUCAAACUUGUGAGAUGAGGUGACUAUAUUCUUACUGCUGCGAAACUAGAGGUUGUCCAUAGGCAUUUCACCGCAGGUUCAUAUUGAGUACCUACCUGUCAUAAAUCUACUCAGAUUUCUCUGUAACUUCUCAUACACUAACCAACAUAACAGAAAUAUACCUGUUUUUUAGUACAGUAACGUGAAGCACUUCAUAAUCAUUAUGGUCGCAC